AUGGACCUUCGCCUGCCACGCACAGAAGAUAGCACCUACUCACCGCACUCAGACGCUUCGCCGCCUUCGCCACCGCUAAGCCGCGACAUCUCGCCCGAGAACCUCACGGCCAACGACCGAGUUGCGAGCUACAGACCCCCUCCCCGGCAAGCCGCCUCACAAAGCACAAAGCAGAGCCGCAACUGCCCCCUCCCCUCUACCAACACAACGGACUCGGUGGAGUUCGUGAAAGACAAAAUGGCGGCACACGAGGAUACUUACGAUUUCAUGGACUCUUCGGGUGUCCUCGUCCCGUCCGACGACGAUGGCGCUGAGACUGUCUCCUCGGGGAGUUUCGCUCUUGUCAACUCGAACCUAGAGGAAACUCGCAGCGUCAAUGGCGACGAGGAGGAGGCGCCAUCCGACGAUGAGCACGAGACACCCGAGCCAGUCUUUCAGCCUUCCGACUCUGGAAUCACCACCCGACCUGAUAUUCGCACCCCAGAUGCCUCGACCAUAACCGAGAAGCCACAAGAGAUCGUCGACAAGGACUGUAUCCACAUGAUCCAGCCCAUCGUCCGUUCUUACGAUUCGCAGUGGACGGGUAUGUCGGGGGCGUCCAUGGACGAACUCAAGUAUUCGGUCGCGAAAGAAACCCUGAAGUGGACUGGUCCUUUCCGGAUACUCUUCGCUGGCUUUCCGUUCUCGAUGCCCAACGAUACCAAGAGCCCUGAGCAUCUGAUAACCGACAAGUUGGCUGCAGCUCUGAAGGUUGGACAGCCUGAGUCCCGGUCGUCCAAGACUUGUGCCACGGGCAUCCGCAUGUCUUCUUUCGGUAGCGAUGUCGUGGUCAAAGAGAUCUUCAACCAGGAUGACCAGAGCUCAGACAUGUUCGCCGAUAGCAUUCCCACCACUCUUCCGAACCUGGUCAUCAUGUGCAACCAGCCCAUGGAUCUCAUUCGCUUGGAGGACGAGAGCCUGAUGAACCUGCGGGAUAUCAUGGCUGAUAGGGGCGUCCCGAUUAUUAGCGUUUCUCUUUCGAGCCCUGUCGGCGGAUAUUACAGUUUCGCCCCGAACAGCAAAUCACUGAGGAUCUGCGUCAAAUCAGGCGAAGAGGAGAUUGGUGUUGUGCCCAUUGACCUGAACAAUUUCCUUAGCCUUGAUGACACUCAGCUCAGCCGUCACCUCGCAUGCAUUGGGGUGGGUUCUGAUGGAGACAAGAUUGAUAGGGAAGAUGAGACUGAAGAGACGAAGAAGAAUGGAAUGAAGGCAUGGCUCAAGGAGUCUGCGGACCACGUCCGGAAUAUUGUGCAGACCCAACCACGGUUGGCUCUUCUUGUCGCUGGACUGCUCGCCAGUUCAAUUGUCGCAAUGCUAUUCGGAGGCGUAACCUUCCCGGGAGCGGCCCAGAACAACGCCGUUCAGAAGGCCGAACAAGACGCCGCAUUGAACUCGGCUCUUCAGGCCUUCACCGGUGCAAAGACAGACGUCUCGGUAAUACAACGCGAGCUCGACCCCAAUGCAACGGCAGCUUCAGAUGCCACAUCUCGCUCUGAUAAAGACUCGUCCAAGGACGCCACUACCAAGUCAGUCAGCGUAGUCGAACAUCCAUUUUCGCCCAGAGCAAAUGACUCUGGAGACUUCAAAUUGCGAGUUGUUGGCGACCGCCACUUCGUCUUGACUCCACCCAAGAGCCUGGCCUCGUUGUGGAAAGCGCCGAAGCUCGUCAUCCGUGUCCAGCGCGGUUUGGAAAACGUUCCCUUCACAGCCGAGCAACUCGUGGAGGGUGUCCAUGCUGUGAGCGUUGAACCCAAGGAUGCCUAUGGUACUCUCAACGUUACGAUCUGCACCGAGUCCAGGCCAAAGAUAAAGCCGCAGAACUUCACCGUUGAAUUCGGCUCUCCUUGGCUCAAGAUGUCCCGCUGGGCCGAUGUGAUGAAGACGGAUCUCGCCAUUGCGCAGUCGAACGCGAGAAACACAUCUCUGGUCCUGUUCAAGGGACUUCAGGCCUUCCGCGGCACCAGCAAGAACAUAACUGAUGUCAUCCUCCAUUCGGCCGAUGCGGGCGCGCAGAAAGCGCUCCAGUUAUUCAACCAGACGCUCUCCGCGAGCAGCAAGAUCCGCGAGAAGCGCAAGGACGUGGCCAACAGCAUUAUUGACGCAGCCAAGCAGCUUGAUUUGGUGAAGCCUGUCAACAAAGCCCGUAGGAAUGCCAACAAGAUCGCCCGCAGGCUGGGGCUGAAGAAGCUGCAGGACAAGCAGGGGGAGAGGCAUAAGGGAGAGGGCAGGGCGACGAAGGAGAGGCCUUGCGGAAAGAAGGCCAAGCCGUAG